AAACAACAACAACUAAAUGAAAUCCAAAUUCAAUUGCCAAUUCGUUACUUGAAAACAAUUAGUGUUAUUUCACAGGAGGGUGCUCCCACAUCCCACCCACGACACUGCUAUAUAGCUCCCACCCUACGGCUCUACGUGGACGCGCAGUGCGAGUGCACGCACGGUACGACUGGCAGCGGUUGUAGACGAGAAGAAAAAGGAGAGAGAGCAGAGCAGAGAGGAGCUGUGGGAGGAAGGAGACGUGACGGGAGGACUCAAAACAGAAGCUCCCAGGACUACGACACACACACACAGAGAAGGGAAACAUAAAAAACGGGAUCAUAUCUAGCAGUAGAUUUGGAGGUUUGAGCAGCGGGAUACGUGGUGCGGGCUGUUACGCACGACAACGUUUCCCUGCGGUAAAAUCAGCCUGAGUUUUUGGACAGGAGGCGCACGGCUUGCCUGCUCUUCCUCGUCAGAAAAGAGGGUUUAUAUUGGGGAGGUUUACGGAGCAGCGGACUGAAGGCACACUGGAGGAGACACAAAUCCCAGCAUAGAACCUCGGGACCAACGGGAAACAGAGGCGGUGAAACUGGAGGAUCAAUGAGGAUGAUGGAGCCAUUAGUGACACUAUGACCCUGGCGAGUUGGGAUGUCCUGAUUCAGUCCUCCAGGCCUAGAGAACGGUGUGCUGAUGGGACCUGCUGCGCCACCAUGAACUUACAAGAUGGCGGCUGCAGCUAUGCCAGCAGCGCCAACAUGGCCACCGCUAGUGGCAGCAUGCGGCGGCGCCUGGAGGACCAGGAGUUCACCCUGCGUGUCUACCCGGGCGCCCUGGCUGAGGGCACCAUCUACUGCCCCGUCACCGCCCGCAAGAACACCACAGCUGCUGAAGCUAUCGAGUGCCUCAUCGAACGGUUGCACCUGGAGCGUACCAAAUGCUACGUGUUAGCUGAGGUGAAGGAGUUCGGCGGGGAGGAAUGGAUCCUGAACCCCGGUGACUGCCCUGUUCAGCGGAUGAUGCUGUGGCCGCGAAGCGCCCUGGAGAACCGCAGCGGCCUGGGCAGUGGCGAUGACUACCGCUUCCUCCUGCGGGAGAAGAAUCUGGACGGAUCUAUUCAUUAUGGCGGCAGCCUGCAAAUGUGGCUGCGGGUGACUGAGGAGCGUCGGCGCAUGGUGGAACGGGGUUUCCUCCCCCAGCCUGCAGGGAGUGACCCUCCGUCCGACCUCUGCGCUCUUCCAGAGCUAACAGAGCGUGCCAUUUUGGAAAGCCUUCGUGCACGUUUCCGCCAGGAGAAGAUCUACACUUACAUUGGGAGUAUUCUUAUUGUGAUUAACCCCUUCCAGUUCCUGCCAAUCUACAAUCCUAAAUAUGUCAAAUUGUACGACAACCACAGACUGGGCAAGCUGGAGCCCCACAUUUAUGCUGUGGCGGAUGUGGCGUAUCACGCCAUGCUACAGCGACGGAAGAACCAGUGCAUAGUCAUUUCUGGUGAGAGCGGGUCUGGGAAAACCCAGAGCACCAACUUCCUCAUUCACCACCUGACUGCACUCAGCCAGAAGGGAUUCGCCAGCGGGGUGGAGCAGAUCAUCCUGGGAGCGGGGCCUGUGUUGGAGGCCUUUGGGAACGCUAAGACAGCUCACAACAACAACUCCAGCCGCUUCGGCAAGUUCAUCCAGGUCAACUACCAGGAGAGCGGCACCGUCAGGGGAGCCUAUGUGGAGAAAUACCUGCUGGAGAAAUCCCGUCUGGUGUACCAGGAGCACAAUGAGAGGAACUACCAUGUGUUCUACUACCUUUUGGCCGGAGCCAGUGAAGAGGAGAGGAAGUCCUUCCACCUGCUCAAACCUGAGGAAUACCACUACCUCAACCAGAUGACAAAGAAAUCACACAAACUCCACUGGGACAAUUACUUUGAGAGCGAUCUGCAGGACUGCUUCACAGUGGAAGGAGAGGAUCUGAAACACGACUUUGAGCGGCUGCAGCUGGCUAUGGAGAUGGUCGGCUUCUUACCCACCACACGCAAACAGAUCUUCUCCCUGCUGUCAGCAAUCCUCCACCUGGGGAACAUCCGCUACAAGAAGAAGACCUACAGGGACGAUUCCAUCGACAUCUGCAACCCAGAGGCCCUCCCCAUCGUCUCAGAACUGCUGGAGGUCAAAGAGGAGAUGCUGCUGGAAGCGCUGACAACAAGGAAGACGGUUACUGUCGGAGAGAGGCUCAUUGUACCCUACAAACUUGCUGAGGCAGGCACGGUGAGGGACUCCAUGGCCAAGUCGCUGUACAGCGCGCUGUUUGACUGGAUUGUGUUCAGGACCAACCAUGCCCUGCUAAACAACAGGGACCUGGAGGACAACUCAAAGAUUCUGUCCAUAGGAGUCCUGGACAUCUUUGGCUUUGAGGAUUAUGAGAACAACAGCUUUGAGCAGUUCUGCAUCAACUUCGCCAACGAACGGCUGCAGCACUACUUCAACCAACACAUCUUCAAAUUAGAACAGGAGGAGUACAGGGCAGAGGGCAUCACCUGGCACAAUAUCGACUACAUCGACAACAGCUGCUGCAUCAACCUCAUCAGCAAGAAGCCCACAGCACUGUUCCACCUGCUGGACGAGGAGUGCAAUUUCCCCCAGGCUUCCAACCAGACCUUGCUGGACAAGUUCAAGCGUCAGCAUGAAGGAAACAGCUACAUCGAGUUCCCUGCUGUCAUGGAGCCCGCCUUCAUCAUCAGACACUACGCUGGUAAAGUCAAGUACGGAGUCAAGGACUUCAGGGAGAAGAACACUGACCACAUGCGUCCCGACAUUGUGGCCUUGCUCAAGAGCAGCAAGAACGCCUUCAUCUGCAGCCUGAUGGGAAUCGACCCCGUGGCGACCUUCCGCUGGGCCGUGCUGCGAGCCUACUUCAGAGCCCUGGUGGCUUUCAGGGAGGCCGGCCGCAGACACACCCACAAAAAAACUGGGAAUGAUGCUGCAGUUCCCUCUGCUGUUGUCAAAACUGUCGACAGCUUCAGUUUCCUUCACCACCCGGUUCACCAGAGGAGCCUCGAGAUCCUUCAAAGAUGCAAAGAUGAGAAAUACAGUAUCACCAGGAAGAAUCCCCGAACACCUCUGUCAGAUCUUCAAGGUACCAACGCCCUGAAUGAGAAGGCCAGCUGGGAUAGCUAUGGUGUUGGCUGUAACGGUCGCAGCUCCAGGUCUGGUCGUCUCUCCUCGACGGGAAGUCCCGCCCUGGAAGAAGAUGGGAUUUUCCUCAACACGACCAGCAGCAAGCUCCUGGAGAGAGCUCAGGGCAUCCUACUGAGAAACAAAAACUGCAAAAGCAAGCCGACCCUUCCCAAGCACUUGUUGGACGUGAAGUCUCUGCGCUACCUGAGCAGCGUGACGCUCCAUGACCGCAUCACCAAGUCUCUGCUUCACCUGCACAAGAAGAAGAAACCGCCUAGCAUCAGCGCACAGUUCCAGGCGUCCCUCAAUAAGCUGAUGGAGACUCUUGAUCAAUCAGAGCCGUACUUUGUCAAGUGUAUUCGCUCCAACGCUGAGAAGCUGCCAUUGCGUUUCAGUGACAGCCUGGUGCUCAGACAGCUCAGAUACACAGGUAUGCUGGAAACCGUCCGGAUCCGACAAUCAGGAUACAGCAUCAAGUACACCUUCCAGGACUUUGUGCACCACUUUCAUGUGCUGCUGCCUCGAGACACGAGCCCAACCAAGUCAGGCAUCAGGGAGUUUUUCAGACGGGUCCACCUGCCUCCUGCUGGGUAUCAAGUGGGCAACACGAUGGUGUUCCUGCGGGAGGUGGAGCGUCAGCGGCUUCAGACCCUCCUCCACCAGGAAGUCCUGCGGCGAAUCAUCACACUGCAGCGCCGCUUCAGGGCCGUACUGGAGAGGAAGCACUUUGUUAGCAUGAGGCGAGCCACCUGUGUCAUCCAGCAAUGGUGGCGAUGCUGCCUCCUCAAAGAGUUCACCAUCGACUCGAGUGAUGAGGAGGAGGCGGCGGUGUGUCUGCAGGCGGCCUGGAGGAGCUACAGGGAGCGCAGGAGGUUCCUGCAGUGGCGGGACUCUGCCAUCGUCAUACAGAGGAGCUGGAGAAAUUGCUGUCGUCGAAGAUCUUUGGCAGCUGUAACGGUUCAAACAGCGUGGAGAGGAUUCAGGGAGAGGAACCGCUACUGUCGGACGUACAGGACUGUGACGCAGCUACAGGCGAUGGGCAGGGGAUACCUGGCUCGACUCAGGUUCAGUGAAGUGAAGGAGCAGCAUGAAAGACAGCGACUCAGUAGACAACAGAGUCCACCAGCAGAGAUGGAUGCAGGAACCAUGGAGGACGUCCCCUCAUCAGGACAGGACGGUUAUGUCCAGGAUAUCUCUGGAGAACUUUCUGAAGACUCUAAACCGGUUCUGUUAGACGUGGGAGAGAUAGAAAAGGAAGAGGACUCGGAGCGAAGUAGGAGCAUGGAUGAGACGAGCAAUAAGAACCGGUCAAAACGAGAGAGCAGGCGAAUGAGAGAGCUGGAGCAGGCUCAGUUCAGCUUAGAGCUUCUCAAGGUCCGAACCACCAGUGGGGGAGGUCCUGUGCAAGAAGACUCGCUCCCAGACAGCAGCACCUGUCAGCUGGAAGACCAUCACAGAUAUUCACCCCGGGGAUCUCCAGCUAGUCAAGGAAGUUUUGAACUGCUAAGUGUGGAAGACAUGGAGACUGAAGCCUCUGGAGGUUUUGGUUCCCAGUCGACUGCACCUCAAGAACAUCCCCAAGCACUGGAUAUUCAACUACAUGAGGGGCUAAGAGAUUCAAACUUUAAUGAAAAGCCUGUGAUGGAGCCGCCAAACAAGGCGGCGGGUCCAAGGGCAAAAUUUUAUAUUGCUUCUGACCAAAGUCCAGUUCAUGAACCAAAAUUCGAAAGCCCCAGCAAAUCUUACAAAGAGAGGAGGGAGUCCACGUCUCGAAGGCCUGUAGUGGUGUUGAUCAGUAUGCAGAAGGAGAGCCCUGUGGAGGAAGGGGAGCUGCUGGCAGCCCAAACCCUAGAAGGAGCUUCUGAAACAGGAGCAGCAUCAUCCGGUUCCCAAAUUACCCCUGUUUCAGUCUUGGAAGUAGUAUCAGAGAUGGAACAGCCUCAUGGAAUUGCUACCCGGACCAAAAGAGACGUAUUCGGGGAGGACAAGUCUUCAAACGCCCAUGGAUCAAGUCAAGAAUUGCCAGGUAUUUGCUCCUCAGAGGUGGACAUCCACAUCGUCCUGGAGCCAAACGCCAGUGUUCCCGCUGUUCUCCCCAGUCAACAGGAGAGGAAGGCGAUCCGGCCUGCACAGGAGGCUCCCAGCCCGGUCCUGGACACCAAACCUCCAAAAGCUCAGAAGAAGAGCUCAGCCCAGACUGUGAUUGUGAACAUGGUGGAGAAACCGUCCAACACUGUGUUCUCCCCACCCAGACGCAAGCUACCCUUCUCCAAGUCAGAUAAGGAUUUGGUGAACCAGGAAAGAUCUCUGGCCAUGUACAGAGACGACUCCAAAUCUGCUGGAUCCAGAAACAGAGAGCAGGUGGGCCGCCCCGGCCCCAAAAAGAAAGCGCGAAUGUCCCGGACGCGCUCCGACUUCCUCACCCGCUGUAACUCUGAGGGGGCGACCCAGUCGGACGACGACGAUGAAUACUACAUCCCUGCCCACUCCCACACGUUGCCCCCCUCCCUGAAUCCCCCACACGCCCACCCCGAGGCUGACUGUCACAGUGAUUCCGAGAUGCCAUCUCACAAAGACCAGAAGAAGAUCCAUAAGACCAUGUCAUCAGGAGACCUGGGCAAGGUAGAGGUCCUCAGGAAAACCUCCAGUCAGGAUGGAAGCAGGAUGAGAGGAAAGAUGAGAUUCUGGAGUAAGACGAAGCAUGGCGAGAAGAAACUGUCAAGAGAGAAGCAGGCCAGCAGGAGCGAAGCUGGAGAGACACAAGAAGGCCCCUCUCCUCCUCACAGUCCAGAUUUGGAGGCAGCUCCUUCUCAGGGGGUCAGGGACAGUAAGGAAAACAAGGAGCCAUCUCCUAAGAUGAGAAGGCGUCGCAGUGUGAAGAUCAGCAGCAUCGCUCUGGAACCCACCCAGUGGCAAAACGACUCACUGCACAUCCUCACCUCGGCCCACGACUACCGCAGCAUGAACGACUUCCUCAUGAAGAAGAUCGCUGACCUGGAUUCUGAAGAUGGUAAGAAGGACACCAUGGUGGAUGUCGUCUUCAAGAAAGCAUUGAAGGAGUUCAGGAUCAACAUCUUCAACUCCUACUCCACCGCCCUGGCGAUGGAUGAUGGGAAGAGUAUCCGUUACAAGGAUCUCUACGCCCUGUUCGAGCACAUCCUGGAGAAGUCCAUGCGUCUGCAGCAGAGGGACUGGAGUGAAUCGCCGGUGAAGGUGUGGGUCAACACCUUUAAGGUCUUCCUGGACGAGUUUAUGACCGAGUUUAAGCCCAUGGAGGGAACUAUCGGCAGGGCUCCUAAACGUGAACGCAAGAAAUCGAGGAAGAAGGAAACUGACAUUGUGGAAGAACACAACGGCCACAUCUUCAAGUCCACACAGUACAGUAUCCCCACCUAUUGCGAGUACUGCUCCUCUCUCAUCUGGAUGAUGGACCGAGCCUGUGUCUGCAAACUGUGCCGCUACGCCUGCCACAGGAAGUGCUGCUCCAAGAUGACCACCAAGUGCAGUAAAAAGUACGAUCCAGAGCUGUCGUCUCGGCAGUAUGGCGUGGAGCUGUCUCGUCUGACCAGCGAGGAGCGAACUGUGCCCCAGCUGGUGGAGAAGCUCAUCAACUACAUCGAGAUGCACGGCCUCUACACAGAGGGGAUCUACAGGAAGUCGGGCUCCACCAAUAAGAUCAAAGAACUCCGCCAGGGGCUGGACACAGAUGUGAGCAGCGUGAACCUGGAUGACUACAACAUCCACGUUAUUGCCAGCGUUCUCAAACAGUGGCUUCGUGACCUUCCCAGCCCUCUCAUGACCUUUGAACUGUACGAGGAGUUCCUCAGGGCCAUGGGUCAGCCAGACAAGCGGGAGGUGAUCCAAGGGGUGUAUUCGGUGAUCGACCAGCUCAGCAGGACACACCUCAGCACACUGGAGCGCCUCAUCUUCCAUCUGGUCAGGAUUGCCCUGCAGGAGGAGACUAACAGGAUGUCAGCCAACGCCCUCGCCAUCGUGUUUGCUCCCUGCAUCCUUCGUUGCCCCGACACCAUUGACCCGCUGCAGAGCGUCCAAGACAUCAGCAAGACCACCGCGUGUGUGGAGCUGAUCAUCAACGAGCAGAUGAGCAAGUACAAAGCUCGUCUGAAGGACAUUAACAGUCUGGAGUUUGCAGAAAGCAAAGCCAAGAGCAGACUGACCCACGUCAGGAAGUCCAUGAAACCUGUACUAAUUGCUGUUAGGUUUAUGAGCAUAACCCGCACAGCCACCCCGCCUAACACAGCUAAACUUAAGAGCAAAGCCCGUGUUCGGCAAAGCAGCACCCACACACCCUCGCCUCCUCUCAGCCCCAGGACGCCUCCUGUGGUGGAUGGAGCGAGUGCAGGAGGAGGAGGAGAGGAUGCAGCAGAGGCCGGGCUGAACGAGCAGCAGCAGCUGGCGAUGCAGCAGGAGGAGCGAAUCCUCACCGAGCAGAUCGAGAGUCUGCAGAAAGAGAAGGAGGAGCUGACGUAUGAGAUGUUGAUCUUGGAGCCGCGGGCGUCCGACGAUGAGACUCCCGAAUCUGAAGCAUCCAUCGGCACAGCAGACAGCUCUGAGAACAUCACCAUGGAGACGGAGGGAGCCACCUCAGACCCCUCUGAGCGUGGCACUUAUCGCUCCAGAAAGUCGGACGCAAAGAGCAGACGAGCUUUGCGCCGUCAGCCCGACUCCCAGGACUCUGCGGACUCCACAUCCACCAUUUCCUCCUCCUACCACCCCUCCUCAUCUCUCUCCUCCAAUGCCUCCGGCUCUCCCUCCCCUCACUACAGGUUCCGCUCCUCCUCCUCUGGGCCCCUGCUCACCUCCUGUGGUUUGGGGGCCCCGUUGGCCGAGGAAGAGGGCGGCCACAAAGCUGGUAAGACCCGCCACAGGCUCAGGCUCAGCCGCAGCUCACCACGAGAGCCCUCUGGAAGCCACCGGAGGGAGUCAGACUUCAGCUCGGGGCCACAGCAGCUGGUUCUGUACGGCAGCAACGAGUUCAUGGUGUGAAGCAGAGGAGGGAAGGAACGCCAGCCGCCGCCUGUUCGAGCGCAGGGCGAGAAGGGGAGGAAGGAGAGUCAGGGGUUGAACAAGGCUGGUCACAGGGGAGGUUCGUGCCCAGUGUCGCCUGCUGCCCCUCCUCAGUGCCCACCCCCCUCCUCCCCUGGUCCAGUCAAAGCGGAAAGCUGUGGGAAUAAAAGAAGAGAAGACUGGAAAUGUGACACAGAGGGACAAAGAAAGAGGACUGAUGACUAAUGGCAGACUAAUGUUUGUUGACCCUCUGAUCUCAGUGCUGUUUGACCCCUGCUGGAGCACCAGGGGUCGGUUAGAGGAGAGAGAGAAGAAGGGAAGGACGGGCGGAAAACCCACACCUGCAAAGCCAAAUCUUAUAGUGCCCCAUCUUUAUUUUUUAGCAUGUGGGCAGGUGGUUAAAGUCACCCAGAAGAAAUGUAGCCAUAACGACUGAACUGGCGGACAUUUUGUCUGUAACCAGCGCCAAGCUAAGUCUGCUUUUCACGUUUACACAGGACACACCAGCCAGAGGCUGCAUGCUUCUCCAUCACACUUUUUCCUACGUCAGUUUGAAGAGACUGUACAGAAAUAUGUUACAACUGUAUGUUACAUUAUUAUUAUUAAUAUUAUUAUUAUUAUUAUUAUUAUUAUGUGACACAGGAAAAAAGUGUACAUAGAAAGGAACUCCAGUGCUGCUCGUGGGUCGUUCAUUGUUGAUUAGUCUCUAUUUCCUGUUAUCUAUUUUGCAAAGUGAAGUGUCUGGAAUUCAGGUUCCACUUUUGUUUCUGUGCUGGUUUUACUCGGUUUAUCGUCAUUUUUUUCUCUUUUCCUAUUUCACAAUGAACAGAACCAGUCUCGGGUGUCCUCAUGUUGUACUCUUGAGAAACAAAAGAAGGAAAAGCUGUCAAUCUGCACUCACAGAGCUUCGCAUCUGGUGUCCCCUUUGCUUGACCUGAGGUGUCAAGUGUCAGUCAGCCAUAAGUGUAUUGUAUCUGCGUUUCCCUGCAAGCUUUUUGUUGUUCCCUUCUGUUUUAUUCAGAAACAUCAGUGUUACUACGUCAGGACUUGAAUUUUCUAUGUGUGUGUGUGUGUGUGUGUGUGUGUAUAUAUGUAUAUGUAUAUGUAUAUAUAUAUAUAUAUAUAUAUAUAUAUGUAUGUAUAUAUAUAUAUAUAUAUAUAUAUAUAUAUAUAUAUAUAUAUAUAUAUAUAUAUAUAUAUAUAUAUAAUUGCUGUAUUAUAGGUGUUGUCAUUGAUAUCAAAGAUGUCAUGUUUUUGUUGUCAGUAUUGUUUCAUGGUUUAUUUUUGUUCAGAUGAAAGCCAUUUUUUUCUUUCCUGUCUGUGUGUGUGUGUGUGUCUGUCUAAAUGACUGAGUUGAAUGAAUUCAUGUCACUGUAUCAGCUCCCACUUUGUGCAUGUGUAGUCUUCUCUACACACACAUACACUAUUGUUUCCCCCAAAAAAUGUUCUUCCCGUAAAGGUGAAAAAAGUCUCUGCAACCAGUGACACUAAAACUCACUCAGACUUAUCAAAUGUUUCAUUAGUCUGACUUUAAUUGCACCUGUUGUGAAACUCUUGCACUCACCCACGCUCUCAAACCGUCCACAGUGUCCUCUGAGCCAUCCAGAAUACUCUUCUUCUUCUUCUUCUUCUUCUUCUUCUUCUUCUUCUUCUUCUUCUCUUUUACCAUAACAGUAGCUCUUUCAUCCUCUUCUCUCCCAGCUUUGGCUGUGAAAAGUAGCAUUUAAUCUGCCUGUUAACCAGACAAAAACAAGUAGCAACUAACUCAGACCGUCCACGUGUUUCUGCAUAUUCUUACUCUCUUUCUGUCUCUGUCCAUACAGUAUCAACACAGUCAGUGGAAUAUUCAGUUUUAUUGACCUACUGGGUAGCUUAACAGCAAUGAUCUCUCCUUGCUUGCUGCGUCUGUGAUCAGAUACUGUUGGGCAACCUUUGCUCAGAUCUCACCAAUACAAUCAGUGUUAAUCAACGUUUCCUUGAAGCUGGAAGACUGUGCUGAUCUCAGUUUUAAUGCAGGUGUGGAGACUUGCAGUGUGCUGUCUUUUUACAACAUAUGCUGUAGACCUGUUAAGAAAAAAAAAACUGUUUUGGAGGUGAGCUGAAAGGACAAAACUGAUUCCUGGUCAAAUAUCUUUUAAGUUGAUAUUUGAUGGGAUGGUCUUUGGACAUGUCCAGGCUGUCUGUAUGGCAUUCGGCCAAAAAAAAAAAAAAAAAAAAGACUUUAAAAAAGUGAAUGUACCUGUCACUGGAAGGCAUGCUCUGCUUUCUCUGGUUGUUUUUGUUCCUCUUUUAUACACAGUGUAUGUACUAUUUAUGAUCAUGCUUUUGGGGUGUACAUGGGUUUAAAAGAAUCUGUUAUAAAAGGUGUUAUAAAAGGAUAUAUUAUCCUGUGUACGGUUCAUUAUCUACUAUUAACCAUGGCAACAUUUUAACAGGCUACACUCGGUCUGUCAUGUUUGUGCUCCGAAGCUGAAAAAAAAAGAAAAGCGUGUCUCUUUGUCUGCGCCACUCUGGACACAGUUAUGUAUAAGGUGCAAUUUGUGUUAUAUUUCUUUUUUUAAUGAUACAAACAUGUCUAUGGUUGUAAGGAGAAAAAAAAAGACUUUAUGGGGGAAAUUCAUCUGCUUAUUAAAAAAGCAAAACUGCAGCCAAACACAAA